AUGGCGAAAAUAGAAGAAAAAUUGGACAGGAUACUAAAUCCCGCCAUGACGCCUCAAGAUUCAUCUGUCAAUGUCGUUAACAAUGAUGGCAAAAACCAAGAAUCCGAAGACAAGAUUGCAAAUGAGGUAGAAGAACCUUUCUACAAUCGAAUUGAAAGAAUCUCUAGAAGGAGUCAAAAUAAUACCAGUAAUCAGAAAAACUGGCAACUCAAAGACUGGUGGGACAAAUAUCUCGACGAAACAACUAGGACCGAAGUACAACAUGAAAGGGUAGAGGAUGCUGUCAACACCCUCAUAUAUACCCUCAUAGAAUUCUUCGUCGGUGACCCUCCGAAAUACCAAGAGAGAUCCGCGGAGAUACUCAUGAAUCUGAAAUGCCCUACAUUAGGUGAUUUCAGGUGGUACAAAGACAUGUACUUCAGCAAAGUUCUUAUUAGAACAGAUAGUUCGUUGGAAUUCUGGAAAGAGAAUUUUGUCAAUGAACUACCAAAACACUUCUCAAGGAGGAUCAAAGAUGGUCUUAAGACAAAGUAUAAUGGGACAAUUCCAUGGCAAACUUUGUCAUACGGAUCCAUAGCAUCCUUCAUCAUAGAAGAAGGACUCAGACUUUGUAAUGAGUCAAAGAUUCAAAACAAGCUCAAUUCUUCGGUAUCAAACAGAAAAGAGCUUGGAAGAUUUUGCGAUCAAUAUGGAUGCAAGGGGAUAGAAGCUCCCUCAACCUCCAGACGAAAGAAGUUUAAGACGCAUCCAAAACCUUAUCAUUCAUACAGGCCUAGAGAAACAUAUCGGAAUAAACCUGUGCAGUCUCAAAAGCCAACGUAUUCAAGAAGGAAGUAUACUCCUACAAAACCCCAUAAAGGAAAGAAAAGGCAAACUUGCUUCAAAUGUCGAGAAGAAGGACAUUAUGCUAAUAAGUGUCCAAUUAGAGGAAAGAUCAAUGAGUUGGAAAUAGAUCAAGAGCUGAAAAAUCAGCUACUACGACUAGCGCUAACCGACUCAGAACAAUCUAGCAAGGGAGAAAUCCUCGAACUCCAAGAAGAAUCCGAUUCAUAUUCUAACACAGAAUACGAAUCAGAACAAGAAGGAAAAAGGACGAAAGGCUGCCCGAACAAAGGGAAACGGCCCAACCGAACCUGGACGAAGAAGAUUUUCAAAGUUCCUUCGUUGGAGCCAUCACCACUUCUCAAUAUCAAAAAUGGUACGCUCUCGUUACCUUAA